AUGUCGACACAUGUCCUGCACGCAUGCACUCGUUCCAUAAGACUACUUCCUGUUCCGUGGCCUACUUCAAAACGCUCGUUCGCUCUCGUGUACCCGUCUCUCUCCUCUUGUCGAUUACAGGAUUCGAUCUUCUCAUCCUUCGCGGAGGAGAGGCCUGGCGUGGUCCUCGUGUUCCUGGGCAAGGAGGUUAGUCAUCCCCCUGUUCUCACGUCUGCACUUGCUGCCUUCUUCCCUCUCUCCCUCCUUGCCCCACUCCUUUCCUCGCCUUCUUUCCUCUAUUGGCUUUGCUCCCUUGUUUACUCCUCCCCUGCUUUUCGCCUUUCCUCUCCUUCCUCCUCUCCCUUCGCACUCCUCUCCCAGUCCGCGUCCUCCAAGGUCUUCCCCUACGUCCAGCCGCUCGACCACGCUGACACUGCCCACGCGCUCGAUGCUCUGCUUGCCUCCUUCUCCUCCCUGGCCUAUGCGGGACAUGCUGCUGUCAGUGCCUCAUGUGGGCCCGUCUCCCGUCCCGGAACCCACCGCUUCAGCGGUGAAGACUCGCUCCAGGACCUUCUGAACAACCGUGCCAGCGUGAGGGCAUCUAGGGAGCUGGACAUGGUGCUCUAUUGCUCGGAUGGCCCUGCAAGCGCUGACUCACACGACGAUGCUGUUGCAGCAGAAACCACUGAGCUCUCCAAUCUGGUGUCCCACAUCAAGGCCAUUACCCCCAACUACGCUCUAUUCUACACUGCACUCCCCGAUGCCGACGUGGGAGCGCAGAGGCGCCUCCUCGCUGCUGCUGACGACUACCCUGCUGCCGGCACAGGUGCUGCUGAUGCUGCUGCUGCAGGCGGUGGUGAGGGUGUUGGUGCCGGUGCGGAUGCUGGUGCGGGUGCAGAGGGUGUGGAGGGACAGAAAGUGGUUAAGGCGGCGGUGGCGAAGAACAAGUGUGGGCCAACGUGCAAGACCCGUACCGCUCUCCUUGAGGGCAUAUUUGCUGGCAUUGUGAUGCUCAUGAUUCUCGUCUCAGGCCUCACAGUCCUCUCUCAGAUUGACACGCCCACACGGUUUGAGGUUUCCCGUGAAGCGUCCUAA